AUGUCUGAUCAAGAAGUUUUAGUUUUGAGAGGUACCUUAGAAGGCCACAACGGUUGGGUCACUUCAUUGGCCACCACCCCAGUCCACCCAGAUUUGUUAUUGUCUGGUUCAAGAGACAAGACCUUGAUUAAGUGGAAAUUGACUGGUGGUGACGACAACCAAUACGGUGUUCCACAAAAAUCAUUCAAAGGUCACUCUCACAUUGUCCAAGAUGUCACUAUCAGUGCUGAUGGUGCUUACGCUUUGUCUGCUUCAUGGGAUAAGACUUUAAGAUUGUGGGAUUUGGAAUCAGGUAAAACCACCAGAUUUGUUGGUCACAAGGGUGAUGUCUUGUCUGUUUCAAUUGCCAAGAACUCCAGACAAAUUGUCUCUGCUUCAAGAGACAAGACCGUUAAGGUUUGGAACACCAUUGGUGAAUGUAUGGCUACUUUGACCGGCCACAACGACUGGGUCUCAGCUGUCAGAAUCUCACCAUCUGGUAACAACUCAUUGGUUAUCUCAGCUUCAUGGGACAAGACUGUUAAGUCAUGGGAUUUGACCGACUACUCUACCAACGCUGACUUUAUUGGUCACACUGGUUACAUUUCAUGCAUCACUUUAUCCCCAGAUGGAUCAUUGUGUGCUUCUGCAGGUAAAGACGGUGUCAUCAUCUUGUGGGACUUGAACUCAAACAAGACCUUGUACACUUUGGACGCCAAGGCCGAAGUCCACGCUUUGGCUUUCUCUCCAAACAGAUACUGGUUGGCUGCUGCCACUACCACUGGUAUCAAGAUUUUCAAAUUGCAAGAAAGAUCAUUGUUGGAUGAAUUGAAACCAGAAUUCGCCAUCGGUGCUAACGCCAAGGACCCAGAAGCUAUCUCAUUGGCUUGGUCUGCUGACGGUCAAAACUUGUUUGCCGGUUACACUGACAACCUCAUCAGAGUAUGGCAAGUUAUGACUCCAUCUGCUUAA